AUGUUGCAAAGACUUUUUGCUCAACCUAAUAGUAAGAAUGCCAAGAAUUUCCAAAACUCUGGAUUUUUAGACGAGCCAAGUGUAAACGGUGAUUGCGUGACUUUCAAAGGAGCAACUCCAUUUGGACUACAAGUCACACAGUGCUACCAAUUCCAGCCAGCGUUUUGCAAACAGACUCCUGCACUCUGCAAUGGUGGAGUUUUCGGUGGCUCAGACAAGUGGACAGGAACUAUUCAAUCUCCAGGAUACCCAGUACAGUACUACAAUAAUCUCAAUUGCAACUACCUUAUCAUUUCCCCGAACAAUACGUUCAUCACAAUUCUAUUUUCCCCAUUCUUGGUUGAAGAAUGGUAUGAUCUCGUGGAUUUUGAUGGUAACUCAACAAGUUAUGUUGACCAUAUAGGACAAGUAUCUUCAUACAAUUUGGCUUGUGGAUUUGAAUCGUCUUCGAACAUGAUGUCUGUUAGAUUCAAGACAAAUUAUGAUCUUACCGAUAAAGGAUGGUUGGCGACGUGGAAGGCAAUGAAGAAUAUGCCAGUUAUAAGUCAAAGUGGAUCAAAUGGGGCAAUGAUUUCACCCAAUUAUCCAUUAACCUAUGAUUCAUACGAUGAACAAGUCUAUCAAAUAAGUGUUGCCUGGGGAAUGCAGGUCAAUUAUCAAUUGAUGUAUUCCGAACGCAGAACAAAAAUGAUUAUUUAAAUAUUUAUAACAGCACUACACAGUCGAAUAGUACUCUUGUAACCACAUUAUCCGGACAAUCGGUAGCUCCAUUCAACUACAUUUCUCCAAGAAGCUACAUGUCAAUGAAAUUUGUAUCUGAUGGAUCACUUCAAUACACUGGAUGGCAUGCAUUUUGGAGCAUUUGCUAGUU